GGCGACCAAUGAGCGCCCGCGGGAAAGAGCGGCGAGGCCAAUAUGGCUUCCCGCACCCGGUGACGGUCGUGGAAACUGUUGGGUCUCAUGGAGAAGCCGCGCGGCGUGGAGGAGGUUCCUUCCUCAGAGCCCAUGGAGGAAGAGGAGGAAGAGGAGGGAGAGGAGGGAGAGGAGGACUUGGAGCUGCUCGGCGGCUAUGACAGCUUCCGCGGUUAUAACAGCAGCGCCGGCAGCGAGAGCAGCUCCUGCCUGGAGGAGUCCAGCGAAGCCGAGACUGAAGAGCGGGAGGCAGGGGAGCUGCCCACCUCCCCGCUGCACCUGCUCAGCCCGGGGACUCCGCGCUCCCUGGACGGCAGUGGUUCCGAGCCAGCCGUCUGUGAGAUGUGUGGUAUCGUGGGUACAAGGGAAGCCUUCUUCUCCAAGACCAAGAGGUUCUGCAGCGUCUCCUGUUCCAGGAGCUACUCCUCCAACUCCAAGAAAGCCAGCAUCUUGGCUCGAUUACAGGGAAAGCCGCCCACCAAGAAAGCCAAAGUCCUGCACAAGGCAGCCUGGUCCGCCAAGAUCGGAGCCUUCCUCCACUCGCAAGGGACGGGGCAGCUGGCCGAUGGGACACCCACAGGGCAAGACGCGCUGGUCCUGGGCUUCGACUGGGGGAAGUUCCUGAAGGACCACAGUUACAAGGCCGCCCCUGUCAGCUGCUUUAAACACGUGCCCCUCUAUGACCAGUGGGAGGACGUGGCGAAGGGGAUGAAGGUGGAGGUGCUCAACAGCGACGCCGUGCUCCCCAGCCGGGUGUACUGGAUCGCCUCCGUCAUCCAGGCCGCAGGGUACCGAGUGCUGCUGCGGUAUGAGGGCUUUGAAAACGAUGCCAGCCACGACUUCUGGUGCAACCUGGGAACUGUGGACGUCCACCCCAUCGGCUGGUGCGCCAUCAACAGCAAGAUCCUGGUGCCCCCGCGGACCAUCCAUGCCAGAUUCACCGACUGGAAGGGCUACCUCAUGGAACGGCUGGUGGGCUCCCGGACGCUCCCCGUGGACUUUCACAUCAAGAUGGUGGAGAGCAUGAAGUACCCCUUCCGGCAGGGCAUGCGGCUGGAGGUGGUGGACAAGUCCCAGGUGUCUCGGACCCGCAUGGCCGUGGUGGACACGGUCAUCGGGGGGCGCCUGCGGCUCCUGUACGAGGACGGCGACAGCGACGACGACUUCUGGUGCCACAUGUGGAGCCCCCUGAUCCACCCCGUGGGCUGGUCCCGGCGCGUGGGCCACGGCAUCAAGCUGUCAGAGAGGCGCAGCGACAUGGCCCAUCACCCCACCUUCCGGAAGAUCUACUGCGACGCCGUCCCUUACCUGUUCAAGAAGGUUCGCGCUGUGUACACAGAAGGCGGCUGGUUUGAGGAGGGGAUGAAGCUGGAGGCCAUCGACCCCCUGAAUCUGGGCAACAUCUGUGUGGCCACCGUCUGCAAGGUCCUCCUGGAUGGCUACCUGAUGCUCUGUGUGGACGGGGGGCCCUCCACCGACGGCUCAGACUGGUUCUGUUACCACGCCUCCUCCCACGCCAUCUUCCCAGCCACCUUCUGCCAGAAGAACGACAUUGAGCUCACUCUCCCGAAAGGCUAUGACACCCGCACCUUCAACUGGGACACCUACCUGGAGAAGACCAAGUCGAAGGCGGCUCCGUCCAGACUCUUUAACAUGGACUGCCCCAACCACGGCUUCAAGGUGGGCAUGAAGCUGGAGGCCGUGGACCUGAUGGAGCCGCGGCUCAUCUGUGUGGCCACGGUGAGGCGGGUGGUGCACCGGCUCCUCAGCAUCCACUUCGACGGCUGGGACAGCGAGUACGACCAGUGGGUGGACUGCGAGUCCCCGGACAUCUACCCGGUCGGCUGGUGCGAGCUCACCGGCUACCAGCUCCAGCCGCCCGUGUCCACAGAGCCAGCCACGCCGCUGAAGGCCAAGGAGGCCACGAAGAAGAGGAAGAAGCAGUUUGGGAAGAAAAGGAAGAGGAUUCCUCCGGCCAAGGCGCGGCCCCUGAGACCAGGCUCCAAGAAGCCGCCGCUGGAGGAGGACCCCCAGGCCCCGGAGAAGGUCUUGGCGGCGGCCAGUCCGGACGAGAUCAUCGCCGUGCGCGUGAAGGAGGAGCACGUGGAGGCGGCCACGCCUGACAAGGCCCGGAGCCCGGAGCUGCCUGUGUCCAUCGAGAACAUCAAACAGGAGGCAGAGGACUGAGCCGCCCGCUGCAGCCGGCCCCUCACCACCUCCCGUCCACCUGCUGCGGUUUGGAGACUGAGCCUUUUAGAAAAAUCCCGCUGGUGCUGGGGGCCCGGCACUGAGGGGUGAGCCAGGUCUCCUCUGACCUGCCUGUGACCUCUGCCCUCUGCAAGGCCCAGUGACGGGCUGCCUGGGUCCCCAGCUCCCGUUCCUGCAGCCGCCCUCACCCUCAGCCGCAGGUACACGGCCAGACAAGACAAGGCUGAAGUGUGCGCACCGGUGUGCGGCCAGCCAGUCACAAAGGCUGCAGCCGCUCCUGGGAGGCAGGCACCUGAUCGGCGGUGGGUGGUGUGAUGGGUUCGAACAUUACCAAGUGGCCUGUCCUGCCUCCUGGCUGGUGCUCCUCCCAGCACCGCAGGGACAGCCAUGUCCGUCUGGCAGCUGAGCAGCAGCAGCCAGGAUGUGGUGUCAGUGGUUGUGAGGUGUCCUUGCCCUGUUUUCUGUUGGCAUGAGCACCAGUUCCCAUUUCUGAAAGGACAGCGUGGGGACUGCUCCAGGGUCGGGGGUUUGCAGGGACCUGGUGAGGGGACGCCCACACCUGCCUGUGCCCCUUGGGGAGGGUGGUGGGUGGGAUUGGGGGUGGCAGGGGCAGCAGGUGUGGUGUAGACCCCUCCAGCAUCGAUCUGGACCUGCCCCAGCUGCAGCUGGGCAGGGCCUGUCCUUGCCACGCCCCUUCUGUUAACCAGGGUCCGUUCAGCCUCGCUGGAGCCACAGGACACACUUCCUGGUUCCCUGCUCCUCGGAAAUCACAUUCUAGCUCCCCUAGUGUUUGCCCAAAUCCGCCUCCAUUGAAACUCCUUUCUGAUCAGCCUGACCUCGUUGGCUCCCUCUCUGGAGCCGAGGGCGGCAGCUGCAGGCCGCCUGCGCUGCGGGCAGCAAGCCGCACUGUCGGGUCCACCGCCAGGCACAGCCGUGCUGGCUGGAGUCCAGCUGCACCGUGGGCUGGCCUGCUGCUGUGCCUGAGCUUGCCACAGGGGGUGCUGUCUGCUUGCUCAGGGCCUGGGCUGUUUGGUGUCACCCCUGAGGUGGUGAUCAGCCCCAGGAGAGCCAUGUCCCGUCAGCUUGGAGAGAACUUGUUCUGGCUCCUUUGCUGAAGGCACCGGGCAGCUCCAUACGGAGCAGGAACAGCCCCGGGAAGCAGCCUGUUGGUGCAGCCCGGGUUCUCCAAAGCGACCAGGUUUGGGGUCCGUGAGGCCGGGAACGGACCGGGUUGUGACAGGCAGUGGCAUCCACCCCCAGGGACGAAGAUGGCCUAGUGUUCCCUCUGCUUCUGGGGAAACUGGAACCAUAUGGCAUUUUGGCCUUCAGUUUCUUUUCAGAGGAAGAAGUGAUGCUACAGGUGCAUGGCUCCCACAUUCUGAGGAUAGAGCUGAAGGCCAAGUUAGCUGCCACUCAGGCCCCGGAGGCCUCAGGCAGUGAGGUCGUUAAAUCCCGUUGUUGCUGAAGUCCAGUUUGUCAGACUUUUGUUCCCUACAGCAACGUGUAUUCUGACAUACGGCCUCAUAGUUACCGUUAUGAGGCGAGUUCACAUGUGAAGAAGAAAUAAAGAACAAAUGGCACCUGU